GUGACACUAUAUUGUUCUGUACGUUUAGUAUUAGUUCCGCUAAUAUAGCUGCAGUCGAAAGCGUGUGAUUUCAGUAUAAAUCAUGAACCCGUGUAUAGCACGUAAGCAGCAUAUUAAGACAACGAACAGCGGUACCAAGAAUUGUUUCGACAAAAAAUGUCAACAGAGAGACUAGCUUCUUUCUACAGCAGGAAUACUAGAUACAUUUUUAAUGUUGAUGAGAACGUAUAAGUCACAUAAGUUGGUAAAGCAAUGGUAGUAACUUUUGUUUGUUCUAUAUGUGUAAGUCACAUAAUUUGCAGCGAUGAUAGCAAUCUCUGUUUGAUUUUUACAGCGAGUGAGGCACGCAUGGUUGGAGGACAGAAAUGCAAAAAAAGUCAAAUAACAGGUAGUAUGUUUUUGCAUUGCAGCAGGUUGUUCCAGCAGGAGAGCCGUUGUGCCUAAGAUGACUGCAGAAAAGAAAACCUUGCAACAAAAAUGGAAAGAGUCGUCUCGUGCCAAGAUUUAUAUUGGACUUGCACAACCUCUAUUGGCGGAAUUUUUCACAAUGAUAUUGCACACAUUUUGGGGCUCAAUGGUCGUUGCUACCAACAUACCAAUACAUUAUAGCGCUUUAAAUCGUACAAUACAACCACAAGAAUGGGCAGCAGAUUAUUUGGUUUCGACUUUCAUGCCUGCUUUUCAAGCUGGUUUCGCUGUAUGGAUGUUUAUUGUACUGUUUUGGAAUAUAUGUGUUAUUAAUUUCAAUCCUGCAAUAUCCGUCGGGUUGGCUGUAGCGGGUGUUCUAUCUCCAUGGUUGCUACUUCCGUACAUCAUAAUGCAAUGCCUGGGCUCAAUUCUGGGUGCUGUAAUAGCUCAGGCAAUUAAAAAUGACGAGCCUGGACCGUUUUUAAUUCCCGACGAUGCAAAUAUUUCAGCGAUACUGUGUUGUGAAGUAAUGAUAACAGGAUGUAUGGUGUUCUUCACCGUCACUAUGGUAGUGGAUAAGACGUACAACCAAGCGACUGGGCCAUUGGCGAUUGGUUUGACCGUGUUUCAAGGAAUUAUUGCAGGAAAGUGGAUCGGUGCGGGCUGUUUAAAUCCAUCCCGUGCGUUUGGUCCUGCUGUGGUUCUUGGUGGUCGGGCAUGGAAUUAUCACUGGGUGUGGUGGGUGGGGGAUUGCGCGGGAGCUUUUAUUUUUGCGGUUAUUUACAUGUGCUUUUUUGCCCCAAAGGAUAAAGUGUGGAUUGUUAAGGUCAUGGAUUGGAUGAAGCCGGAUGAGGUUGUCGAAGAUGACAUCGGUGAGCAUGAAGAAAACAACUUGUAAAAAAGAACAUGAGAUACUUUUUAACAAUGAGCUGAACUUUAAUCCAAUCAACUCUCAGCUUAUUUGAAAUAUUUGUGGAUACUUGAGCAUUAAGGACCAUUUUAGAAAUUGAAAACAAAUAUUUAAACAGUGAAUUUCUAUUUAAUGAUAAUUAGAACGUUGUUUAGGUUUCAUAUGCGUUUGAUAGCAAUUUAUGGUUUUACGCCUGCAUAUAGAUACGCUUGUAUAUAGCUGAUGCCGCCCUUUUGGGGAUAUGGCAUUUGGUAUUAGUUGGGCAUAUAGCCGAACUAAUAGACUGAAAGAAUAAAAAUAUGCAAAGUGUAUUUCGCUUGUUUGUAAUUAAUUUGAAGUUCUAUGGUGCUCGUUAUUUGAUUUGCUGUUAAAAUAAAAGUUUUUUCGACAAUAAAUUUGAUUUGAAAAGACACA